CGGGAGGGCGGGCGAGAAGCGGGGAGGGGCCGCGGCGGCAGCGCGGGCACAGCGCGGGCGGGGCCGGGGCGGGUUCCCUCAGAGCCGCCCGCGCCCCGGCUGAGCCCCUCCGUUCACAACCAUCUCAGCUAAUAGCAACCCCUCAAGAUAUGGCCUCGAAAAGAGCAUUGGUGAUUUUAGCAAAAGGGGCAGAGGAAAUGGAAACUGUAAUCCCUACUGAUGUUAUGAGAAGAGCUGGGAUAAAGGUGACUGUUGCAGGCCUAACAGGAAAAGAACCAGUGCAGUGCAGUCGAGAUGUCUUCAUUUGUCCUGAUGCUAGUCUUGAAGAUGCCAGAAAAGAGGGGCCUUACGAUGUCGUGGUCCUGCCUGGCGGUAAUCUUGGAGCUCAAAACUUGUGUGAGUCUACUGCUGUGAAAGACAUUUUGAAGGACCAGGAAAGCAGAAAAGGCCUGAUUGCUGCUAUAUGUGCAGGUCCUACUGCCCUUCUGGCACACGGGAUAGGGUUUGGAAGCAAAGUCACAACACAUCCUUUGGCCAAAGAUAAAAUGAUGAAUGGAGCACACUACAGCUACUCUGAGAGCCGUGUGGAGAAAGACGGGAACAUCCUCACCAGCCGCGGGCCUGGGACCAGCUUUGAGUUUGGAUUGGCCAUUGUUGAAACGCUGAUGGGGAAGGAAGUGGCCGAACAGGUGAAGGCACCUCUAAUACUGAAAGAGUGAAACCCUGGUAUGAGACAGGAAGUAGGACAAAUUUGGAUAGAGAGUUACAUCCUCUGUAGAAUAACUGUAAGCUGUACUGUUGUAAAUACAAUUUAAUUUUGGGUGAAAUUAGCAACUGUACUUACCUUAACUGGGAUACCAUAACAAACCAAAGGUCUUUAUCUCUGGAAAAAGAUCGUUAGCAAAAAGCUUCAUCACAAAAAAGUAGCCAGCAUCUAAUAAUCUUAGUUAACUCUUGGAUGGCAUUUAAAAAUCACAUGGAAAAAAUGUUUGCCGAGUAAAUAAAAAUGAAGCGGCCCUGCUGG